AUGUUUGAGAUUAUUGGAUCCUUCUGGACACGUAAAGAUGCCGCACGAUUUUUGGUAAACAGCUGGAUGGGUGAUGAAUAUAAUAAUGAAUUGGUUGAGGAGCUUGGGCAUACAGGAAAUCCUAUUGAAGAUCAUGGUGAUUAUGGGGUCUCUGAUGAUAAUUGGGUACCUGAUCCAAGUAAUUUUUCUCCAGAAAUUUUAUGA